AUGUCCACAACAUCCGAAGCCUCCGCCCAACUCAUCUACCCACCCAACGUCCACGCCAACAGCGCCCUCCUCAACGUCAAAUUCCUCUCCGCCUGCUUCGCCGGCGCAGCCGCCGGUAUCCUAGGACUCGAAAACCUCCACGGCUUUGCUCUCUUCCUCGCCUCGACGGUGCUCACCUCGCUGUGUGUGGGGGUGGUUAAUUGUAAAGGGAGGGUGGGCAAGUAUGUGCAUGGAGGCUGGGCGGAGUUGGUUAAUCCGGGACAGGAUAAUGCGUUUACUUUUGUGUUGGUUUGGACGCUUUUUUAUGCGAGGGAUAAUUUCCCUAGGCUAGUCGAGGAAGGAAAGAUGAAGAUUCCCUUGCGACAAUGUCUUUAUCCUCGCCUACCAAACGCGGGCACGGCGCCGAUUGUAGACCAGGGUCGGGACUUGGAAGACAGGUAG